UUAUUCCCAAGAUGAUCCCUCUCAAAUUAUUUUAAGAUGUAACACCCAGUUUUUCCGCGGAUGACGUUACCACGCGCGAUGCGUGGAGGUUUUUGUCGAUGAUAAAACUGCGUGUAACGCCGCUAGGGUUGUCCGCGUGAGUAAACUUUGCGUCACAGUAGACCCUCAAGGGAUUUCCAAAACCGCGAAAGCGGUUUUUUUUUUGGACGUAACUGAACACCUCGGAAUAUAUUUUGUUUAGGCGCAGUGAUCCCGCGACCCGGGUGAGUUCGGGACCGAAUGUUCGUCUUUUUGCGUAAAAGAAAACCGUAGAUGAGAUUUGCACUUUUCAAAGUAAAUGUUUAUUCUUUUUAUAUCUACUUACUAGCCUUUGCUGCAUCUUACAAUGGGACAUCUGCUGAUAUUUCCAAGAGCAAUAUUUCAGUUAUUUUCUAGUUUUAAAGUCGACUGACACCUGUGCAUCGCGCAUUAGUAAAGCAAAUCAGCUCGAUGCCCGAAAUAUAGUUUUAAAAUUGGCCACCAACUCAAGGCUGACACCCUGCUUUCCAACAACAUAAAAAGGGAUUUUAGUAUUUCUUCUCUCAGUUCUAAUGCGAUCCAGCUGAUCAAGUUAAGAAAAAGAUAAAGCUCAUCUCAACCAGCGCGAAGUAGCCUAGAAAUGCUCCUACCUCCAUUGGAAGAAUGCUGUUUCAUUGCAGGUAAUUCUAAAAUUUUAUCACACAACGCCUUCUCAAUUACCGGUACCAAUUUACGCUCCCGGGUGCAUACAGGCAACGUCAGAGUAAAGUGUCUUGGCAAAGAACACAACAUGUUUGUUUUGCUUGCUAGUUAAAUAUCAAAUGACAGCUUUAAAACACCAGCAAUGAUGAUUUUCCUUUGAGGUCACGGUUCAGAUGUUUCCAAUAAAGAAAAGCUGCCACAUGAAAUUAAUUUCAAAACGAAGACAGCUAACGAACAGCGAUGCAAAUUUUGAGAAAAACAGCUGUUCUUUACCUAUUUUCCUCGCUUUUCCAACACGUCAAUUCGCUGGACAAUGGGCUCGCAGUCACUCCACCAAUGGGAUGGAUGUCGUGGGAGAGAUUUCGUUGCGUCACAGACUGUGAAAAUGAUCCUCGAAACUGCAUCAGCGAGAGGCUGUACAUGGAAAUGGCUGAUGCGAUGGCAUACGGCGGAUACAGAGAUGCUGGAUAUAAGUACGUCUGUAUCGAUGAUUGCUGGUCAGCAAUGAGCAGAACAAAAGACGGUCGCCUCCAGGCGGAUCCCAAACGAUUUCCAAGUGGAAUAAAAAAGCUGGAUGAUGACCUCAUGGGAUGGAUGUCGUGGGAGAGAUUUCGUUGCGUCACAGACUGUGAAAAUGAUCCUCGAAACUGCAUCAGCGAGAGGCUGUACAUGGAAAUGGCUGAUGCGAUGGCAUACGGCGGAUACAGAGAUGCUGGAUAUAAGUACGUCUGUAUCGAUGAUUGCUGGUCAGCAAUGAGCAGAACAAAAGACGGUCGCCUCCAGGCGGAUCCCAAACGAUUUCCAAGUGGAAUAAAAAAGCUGGCAGACUACGUUCAUUCCAGGGGGCUCAAACUUGGAAUCUAUGCAGAUUAUGGAACCAAGACAUGUGCAGGGUACCCAGGCAGUAUCAAGCAUAUAAAGAAAGAUGCACAGACAUUUGCAGAUUGGGGAGUAGACUACCUAAAGUUGGACGGUUGCUAUGCAAACCCACUAAAGAUGGACAAAGGAUAUCCAAAAUUUUCCCGAGCGCUGAACGAGACGGGUCACCCUAUCAUGUUCUCAUGUAGCUGGCCCGCGUAUCAAGUCUAUAUGAAUAUCACGCCAGACUACAAGAAAAUUGCACAACAUUGCAACUUAUGGCGAAAUUACGGUGAUAUUCAGGAUUCAUUCCAAAGUGUUGUGAACAUUUUCAACUGGUAUGGUAACAUGCAGGAUGACUUAAUACCAGCAGCAGGCAAAGGACACUGGAAUGAUCCUGAUAUGCUGAUCAUUGGUAACUUUGGUUUGAGUUAUGAGCAGUCCAAAUUGCAGUUUGCUCUGUGGGCAAUAAUGGCAUCUGCUUUAAGAAGACCCGUAGAAAUCAUUGCCGUAAACCAGGACAAACUGGGAAAGCAAGGAAAGCGCAUAGCAAAGGACACUUUAUCAUUCACGCAGAUAUGGAGCCGUCCUUUGUCAGACUGUGGCAGUGUAGCAGUAGUUCUUCUGAGUCUAAGAUCAGACCUGCCUUCUAACGUGGAAGCUUCGUUCUCUGAUGUUGGAAUUUCGACAACACGUGCUUGUGUGCGUGACUUGUUUGCCCGUCAACCAUUAGGAAUGCAUAGUAACUCAUUCACGGCUAAAGUGAACCCCAGUGGAGUGGUGAUGGUUAAGUUGACUCCAAUUUGCGAAGACAAAGAUUCUGAUAAAAAAGACAACCAUAAACGUUGCUGUUUGACGAGUUGUUGAUUGAAGAGUGUACAUUUUUCUACUGUAUUUCUAAUGAAGCGUCAAUAAAGAAAUUAUAGAAACAAAGGGUCUCACAUUUUUCGCAUAUUUGUAAUCUAACCUUUCCAAUUUUAUACCAUAGAA